UGGACUUUGCUUUGAAAGUCAUCAAAUAUUCGGACACCGAGACCAUAAAACUACAACUCUGGGACAUUGCAGGUCAAGAACGAUUCACCUGGAUGACACGAGUCUAUUACAAGGAUGCUCAUGGCUGUGUUGUCAUGUUUGAUUUGACCAACAGAAAGACAUUUGACAAUGCUCUCAAGUGGAAGAAAGACGUUGAUGCCAAGUGUGAACUGGCUGAUGGAUGUCCUUUACCAUGUUUACUUUUGGCUAACAAGUGUGACCUCACAGACAAGCAGAUCACGCACGAAGAGCUGGAGGCAUUGUACCAAGAAAGCGGUUUUCUAAGCUGGACGGAAGUAUCAGCUAAAGAUGGGUCAAUGGUAGAUGAAUCUAUGAAAUAUCUGGUGGAGAAGAUGCAAGCAGAAAGUGACCUUUUGGGAGGUCACCCGACAGACAGCAGCAGACUCACCCUGGGUGAAGAAAGCAACGUGACAAGAAAGUGUUGUGGCUAGUAUAGUUUCACACAUGAACAUUAAGUUAUUUAGUCAAAACACGUGUGCAUUAGAUCAUUACCAGUAGUUUUUCAAGUCUCUUGUUUACUCAAAAUUAAACGUUUUCUUAAAGGCGUCUCCAAUAGGGAACAACUGUUGUAUUAGCUGGUUAAAGAAAUGUAUCUGACAGUAAAACGUGUUUCCCUUCUCAUUACGUAUACCUCCAAUAGAGAACAACUGUUGUAUUAGCUGGUUAAAGAAAUGUAUCUGACAGUAAAACGUGUUUCCCUCCUCAUUACAUAUACCUCCAAUAGAGAACAACUGUUGUAUUAGCUGGUUAAAGAAAUGUAUCUGACAGUAAAACGUGUUUCCCUCCUCAUUACGUAUACCUCUUAUUUUAGCUAACAAAACUUUUCGUUGUAACUUAUUUGAACAGUAAAGAUAUUUUUGUACAUCUUACUAUAAAGAUGAUACAUUACCUAUGUGUAUUAGCAUCCAUCACCCAGAAUUGACUGGGCUCGAUUACUGUCAUUUUUUUUCCUAUGAAAAACUGUCGGACAGUGUACAUGGGCUACUUUGUUUUAGAACUUUUGUUCAAGAAGAAAACACUCUAAAACAGAGCAGUACAUUUCCAUUUCUUGUUAUAAAUUUUGAUUUUAGGUUUAAAGACACAAGUACUUAAUCAAUUAGAUGAGGGAGUUAUUACCUUCCACAAAGCAGGGUUUGCAAUUAGCGUCUAAUAAGGUCAUUAGGGAUGUCAACAUUAAAGAAACAUGGGAACAUUAUCCUGUAUACAGUUGUUGCUUCCUUAACGAACACCCUCAGAGUGUAUUGAUAAUCUGUGAAAGUACUGGUGGAUACACGGUUGUUGCUUCCUUAACGAACACCCUCAGAGUGUAUUGAUAAUCUGUGAAAGUACUGGUGGAUACACGGUUGUUGCUUCCUUAACGAACACCCUCAGAGUGUAUUGAUAGUC